GUUGGCAGCCGGCGGCUCACGGCGAAAGGCUUUCCUCUCUCUUUUCUCGGCGCUUUGGACAGUGGAAUUAUGAGCAGAGCUGAACCAGCCUCUAUCACGCAGCUGUCUUGAAUCUGUUUCUGUUUCACACCGAGAGAAAUUGAACACACUAUGGAGAUUGGAGUCCGCAUCCUCUUGGCUUUCCUCGUCCCUCAGGUCGCCUGUGUGGGUGGCCAAAAGGAGGGAGGCCGUGAGGACUGUGUACCUGGCUUCCAGGUCAAACACUACCAGGUGGCGUACAGUGGACCAUUCCAGAAAGGCCAAACAAUUCUACAAGUUGAGUUUGAUGACUGUGCGGGGAACAAGGAUGUGGAGUUUAAGGUGUCGGACCCCAGCUUUGUCGUGGAUAGAAAUCUGAAUCUGGUUCCUCAACGAGAAGUCCUUCUCAGCAGGCCGGUCUUGGUUAUCCACGGCUUCAGUGCACAUGCAGAUGACAUGGCACAGGUGGAAGUCACUGGACUGCCAGGUCACCCGCCUCGCACUCUCAGGGGUAUCCUGAGUGUCGGCCAGAAGCUGCCACACAGAUCUAAGAGAUCCCUGCUGGUCCCUCCUGUGAUCAUAACUGAGAACCAGAGAGCUCCGUUCCCCAAGGUCAUCGGCAGGUCUCAUGUGAUUUCAGUAGAGAAGCCAGGUAACCAUAUCUUCAAGCUGACAGGCCCAGGUGCUGACCAGGAUCCCAAAGGUCUCUUCACCAUCGACAUACAAACGGGAGACGUGUCAGUCAGCCGCUCACUAGACCGGGAGGACAUGGACUCCUACCAGCUGGAAGUGUCGACCACAGACUUUGACGGAAACCUUGUUGAAGGACCGGCCUUACUCAUGAUCACUGUCAUCGACCAAAAUGACAACCGGCCCAUUUUCAAAGAGACGCGUUACACGGGAGAAGUCCUGGAGGGAUCUCCGUACGGAACCACAGUGAUGACGAUGACAGCGUCUGACGCAGACGACCCGGCCACAGACAACGCCGCAUUACGCUACAGCAUCGUAAGGCAGUCACCAGACAAGCCGUCCCCCAACAUGUUUUACAUCGAUGAGGAGAGGGGUGACAUUGUGACACAUAUCUCCCCUACAUCACUAGACAGAGAGACACUACCAACCACAACAUAUGAGUUAGAGAUUGUGGCUAAGGACAUGUCAGGAAGAGAGGUGGGCCUGACGGGAACAGCCACAGCGACUAUAACCAUCACUGACAAGAACGACCAUGCUCCUGAGUUCACACACCCGCUGUUUGAGGCGUACGUGUUUGAGGGCUCGACGGGUGUAGUGGUCAACCUGACAGUAGACGACAGAGAUGACCCAGCCACCGGGGCGUGGAGGGCGACCUACUCCAUCAUAAGCGGAGAUUCCACUCAGAGCUUUGAGAUCCAAACUAACCCAGACAACAACGAAGGGAUGCUCUCUGUAGUCAAGCCUUUGGACUACGAGGCCACAGCUUUCCACUCACUACUCAUCAAAGUAGAAAAUGAGGAUCCUCUGGUUCCAGAUGUCGGCUACAGCCUCAGCUCAACAGCCACAGUCCACGUCACAGUCCAGGAUAUAAAUGAGGGUCCCGUCUUCUUCCCGGACCCCCUUGUAGUCACCAGGAUGGAAAACAUCCCUGUGGGCAGCUUUGUGGCUUCACUCAAUGCUACAGAUCCGGAUAUAUUACAGAUACAGAGCGUCAGGUAUGCUGUUCUGCGAGACCCAGCAGGCUGGCUGAGUGUGAACCCCGUCAAAGGAACUGUCAACACUUCGGCCUCGCUGGACCGCGAGUCUCCGUAUGUCCAUGACAACAAAUACACAGCUCACUUCAUCGCCACAGACAACGGCUUCCCUCCAGCCACAGGCACCGGCACGUUGAUUAUUUACCUGGAGGACUUCAAUGACAACGCUCCCUAUGUGGUUCCAUCGGUAGCACGAGUGUGCGAAGAUGCCCAUGACAUGAAUGUGGCCAUAGUUGGAGGAUGGGACAAAGACCUCCCACCCAACGCUGCACCCUUUAAGAUUGAGCUUGGAAAACAGCCCGGCCUUGAUAAAACAUGGAGGGUUACCAGGGUCAACUCCACACACUCGCAGAUCAUGCUUUUGCACAGUCUGAAGAAAGCCAACUACCAGCUCCCGCUGCUCAUCACUGACUCAGGAGUGCCCCCUCUGUCCAACAACACAGAAGUCAAAGUUCAGGUGUGCGUCUGUAAGAAGAACAAGAUGCUCUGCAGCUCCGCCCACUCCCACCGCGCCAGCCUUCGGGUGCUGCUGGCGACACUCCUGCUGCUCGUCCCACUCUGCCUGUAGAUCCUGCUGAAACCUCUCGUAGUCCUUUUUUGCAACACUGAAAAGCAACGACUUAUCUCCCCCACGCAACCCAGGCUAAGGAGAGAGGAAGACGACGAAAAAGAAGAUGAAGAAGAAGCUUUCUCCCUCCAACAAAUCAAUUGAGAAAAUAGAACACAAAAUCCCCACAGGAAUAACUGCUGUACAGAACCACUCUGCAAUAUUUUUUGUUUCCUCCUCCUGGCACUCUCGUCUCCUUCUCUUCAUCUUCACUCUCCUUGUUGCGUCUGUCCUUCCCAAUUCAGGUCAUCUUAUCUCUUCAUGUUCUGCUCACUGUAUUUAAUUAUAAGUGACACAUUUCUCUUUUUCCCUGUCGUUUUUGCUCUCUCUUCGCCAUCGAUUGUUCCAUUUCUUUUUAUGUUUUGCUCCAUUUUUGCAUCACACUGGCAGACAAACAUAGCAGCAUUCAUGGCAACAUUGUAUGAGAUACUUGAAACAACGUCUAUUGAUAUUGUAAGAAAACAAAAGCUAUAAAUCGACUCCACCUUAAACCUCAUAAUAAUUCCCUUGCAUCACAUAAAAUCCUCCCUCUUGAUUCUUUUUCAUCCCAUAGCUACCUCUAUUGGAUUUCUCUCUCCCCCCCACUCCGUCCUAACAUUCUUCACCCUGUCCAUGCAUACAAUCGCCCACCGCUCUCCCCCCGCCUCCCCCCGUCCAUCUAUCGAUGCCUCUCCGUCUCUGGGUGGGCCGGGAACACUGCGAAGGCUGAGCUGCUGUCCUGGUCGGGGAGCAUUGACUUUUUUGAUGUGUUCCUUUCUUUCCUCGUCACAGACUGUGUUUGUUUCCCUCCGUCAGCAGAGUGAACAGAGCGUGUUUCUUUGUCUGCAGUGGUCGUGGUCUUUUAGGACAAGGUGGUAGCCAUAAGCCUUCAAAGCCAGAAACUCUCUGGAGUCCUUUCUUCGAUUUGCUUCUGUUUUAUUGCGUUAGUUGUCAUGGAGUGGAAAACAGUAUAUCUUUAUAGUAACGGUGUAAACCUUAAAAAAAAAAAAAGUAUUAUAUAAAUAUUUUAUUUUUUACCAGUGUAUAAAUAUACAGUAUUGAUUAACUUAUGUACUUUGAUUGCAAGUUUUUUGGUCACACACUCAAAGAGUAAAUAAAAAAGGGGGAACUGUUUUUCUUUUUUUGUGAAUUUUAGGACUUCUUUCUUAUGCUAUCGAUGUGUUGACUUUUACUGUAACAUCUUUUUAUGUUGAUUUUUUUUUUUUUUUUUUUUUUUUUAAUUCUGGUUAUGAAAGCUGUGAUUAAUUCCAGAACAGAGGUCUUGCUUUUGGUAACGUCCAUGUCUUGCCCCGAUAUUGUUCUCUCUCUCUCUCUCCAUCCUCGUCCAUUUCUAGUCACAAAGAAGAUGUGUCAGAAGAUAAAGAAGGCUGUGGUGUUGGUGGAUAGUUUUGCUUUUUACUCGUGCUCAUUAAAAGAAGGUAGCCUGUGUGGGUUCAUGUGAAAGACCACCUUAAAGAAAAAGAUGACAUUUUGAAUGAGUU